ACGGCUUAUUAAACCUAACUUUAUGACUUCUGCAUAGUGCCAGCAACGCUUGGUGGCAGAUACGUUACAAGACAUAUGUUUGGUUUUGGGACAUAUCCCGUCCCACCAGGAGCAAAGCAACCAGGGGUAUGGUUUGAGCACAAGGCCUAUUUAUAACUUGGCAAACGGGGGGGUUUUGAAUUUAAAGCCACAUCGCCUCCAUUGGCCGUGAACCAUGAGGACUCACAAGGGCGCGUCGUCACAAAAGACUUCUUCUAAUGUCUGGAAAUCUGUAACUCUAAUUAAAGCCACUUGUUGGUGUGCUUAUCUUAAUUAAGUAGUGAAAUCCAGCCUUUCUCUCUGUCUCCUUCGUCCCUCUCUUAUCUACGCUCCCCUGUUUUCAUAACCCAUGCUAUUUCUGUCCCUCUCUGAGUCAGAGAAGUUCCCAACUUUGAAUGACACAAACAGACAGACCAACUCCCAAUUCAGAGGGACUGGAGUCAAAAACACACGAAAGCCAACUUUGGGGACUUAAAUAAAAUUUAAAAAGCGAGCGUAAUCUGAAGGACAUUACCAAGAUGGAGGACUGUGAGAGCCUGGACUCUGAAAUGACGGAGCUGCAAGCGUUGCAGGAUGAAGCCCUCAGCCAGGAUGAUGAAGACGAAGUGGAAGAGCUGCAUAACAGUCUGCGAGAAGCCGUCCAGGACCACUCUGUGAAGCCCAAGCUCCAGUGCCUCAUGGUGGACCCGUCUUUUUCCAUGGUGACGGUUCAGAGCGAGGACAGCGGUAUCACUUGGGAGACGGCCUCCAGCCGCUGCUCUACACCCUGGGCCUCUGAGGCCAGCUCCACGUCUGAAGCUUACAGCAUGGAGGGCUCUGGAGGCGCGGGGAAGAUCACCAUCGUCUUCGACGAGGACAAGGUAGUCCGUAGGAGGACGAGGUCCGGGGGGAGAAGCAGCAGGUUGGGGGACCGGCUGAGCCGACCUAGUAGUUCCAGGUCCGCUUCGGCUUUGGGUGUAGAGAGACCAGAGAUGGCGGAGGUUUCCCUGCCAAACGUCAAAGAGGAGAAGACGCCAACGAAGGCAGACCUGGAGGAGAUAAAAUCCAAAGAUCAGCAGCUGUUCAGCUUGAUUUCUGAAGGCUAUGAGAUUCUCAACAUCAGAGUGCCGUCCAAACUUCCCACUGUGGACGAGGAGGAGAGUACGGACCUGCAAGACAAUUUGUCUUAUUUGGACCAGACUCCGAAGAUCAGGUCCAGAAACCACCAAGACUGGGAACAACACAGGGACCAGCUGGAAGCAGAGCAAACCCUGGAUGACCCUGAGUCCCCAAAAGACACGUCACAGCCAUUGGCAGAAAAACUGCGUGAGCCUACAACGUCUGAGACAGAGAGCACUGCUGAAAUCGACUACAUUGAAAAGUUCACCCUUUUGGACGUGGCGAUGGCGGCAGAGGAAGCUCCACAGCCGCAGCGUGAGGAAGAGACGCCUCUUCCCAAAGCCCAAACAGAGGAGCGUGAAACUUCAAGGGAGGCAACCGAGGAUGGUGCCUCUGCGUCCGAAGACUCUUUUGUGUUUGUCACAGAUGCUGAUAUAGUGGGAGAGCACCUGGAUGAGGUCUUCUACGGAGAAGCGUCUCCCGUGGAGGUGCAGAAGAAGGAAGGGCCAGAAAGGACGAGGUCAAGACGUGAGAGCCAGCGAUCGAUGAAGGACGGUGGUCUGUCGUUGUUUGAAAGCGAGGAGACCACCCUUACUCCUAUUUUUAUCUCCCCGGGACCUCCCAAGAUCAUUGACCCCAUUCUCCUGGAGGAGCCGACGGCCAUGUCCUUCAUGUACUCGGACCUUUACGAGGACGCCGUCGGGGAGAAGAGGAGAAGUGACGAGGAGCACUCGGAGGCAGAGAGCGUGGCGUCAGAGAAAUCCUACAGGAGGCGGCUGUCGGAUUCAGAGGAGGCCGACGGAUACCUGGAGAAGUUCAGGCUGAAAGAUGAAACGCCGACAGUAGACGUUCAGCCGGAGUCAGCGGAGGAUAGGGAUGGGGGGAGGAUGGUGUGGCCACAGAGCAAGUUUGAAUUAACCGGAUGCUUAAUCAGAGCAGAAGAAGAUGAAGAAGAAGAGACGGAAAAGACAAAAACGGACGAACUGAAGACGCAGGAGGUUCCUGAAACGACUAAAGAGAAACAAGAACUUUUAACAGAAACGGAAGAAAAACAACCAUCAGUUCUGGCUCAUGAUGUAGUGUUAAGGGACGCCCAGGAAGAGUUACAUCAGGAGUCCAAACCAGUGGAUCACAUGGAGAGUAAACAGGAGCACCAGGCAGCGGAGCCGGUCGCAGAAAAACCAGCUGAACCUCCCCAGAUGGAAAUCAAAGUAGAUGAAACCUCGCUGGGCAGAGACGAAACGGUCCCAAAGCAAAGUUUUACUGAAACAGAGCUGCCACGUGAGACACAAAGAGAGGCAGAGAGAAUGUCUGAGCAGAUUUCAGCGACACCAGACACCACGGCGUCGACUCAACAUGAGAGCAGAAAGCAGCCUGAACCCACCCCGCUGACAGAAACACCUGAAAGGAGUGUGUCUGAAGAAGGACCGCCUGUUGAGUCGAAGAUGGAGGCCGCUGAUGAGAAACUUCCAUCUGAGGCAGACGUAACAGAACCUGGAAACGCAGCGCUCCUCUCAUCUGAACCCCUCUCAGAAUCAAAGGGAUCCUCUGAAGCAUCUGGGGACAAAGGAGCACCUCCUGAAGAUGUGGCUCCUCCUGAAGCCGUCGCUGACUGUGACUGUGCAGUGCAAACAGUGGAGGAGUUGAUGGAGAAAGCAGCGAAUGAAGAAGAGAUCCAGGCCCAGGUUAAAACUGACAUACAGGAGGCCACAGAGGCGAUAGUGCUUGUUCCUGAGGCAGAGGGACAUCACAAGCCGCUGAUAGAGGAACCUUCUGAGGAGAGUAAGGCUGCAGCCACUGAUCAGGGGUCAAGAGUUAAAACGGAGGCUUCAGGGGAAAUAACCGAACCUCCAGAGCCCAAACCCAUCGCUUUGGACUCAGCUGACAAACAUCAACAGAUGCAGCAAGAAGAGACAACUGACUGUGAAUCAGACAACCUAAAACAAGCAGCAGAAACCGAAUCUAGGACGUUUGCAGACGACAUUGAGACCUUUGUGCAGGACGCAGUGAACGUAGGGGAUGAGAUGAUCCUCCUAGUUCCCAAAGGACAGGCCGUGGAGAUGGACAUACAGAUCGAUCAGUGGUCCGAGGACAUUAUUAAAGAGGCAGCGUCACCUCUGGAACCUGGCAUCUCAUCUGAGGUCCAGGUACCUGUGCCUCAAGUGCAGGAAGCGCCGAUGGUUGCAGAAAAGGAAGAAGAACUUCCCAGUAAUGCAUUCGACUCGGAGGCUUUAACGCCUGGAGGAGAAGCCGGCACAGAGGACCUGGAGACUGAUCAGGACGAGCUCGUCUUGUCUCCGCUGAGAAACUUCCCUCCCCAGGAGGAUUUAUCUGAGCUUCAGGGAGAUGACGCACAUGCAGAAGAAUCGGGACAAAAAUCAGACAUCCAGGAGAUGGAGGGCGGACCAGAAGUAAACCUACUUAAAGAGGACGCAGCACCGUACCUCGAUCUGCACAGCGAGGAUGUGGAACAAAUUAAGGAGCAAAGUGAGACAGUUUUAGACGCUGGAGAAGAAGCGAUGAUUGAUCUUGGGUAUGAAGUGAUUGGCGUGGAAGAUGCAAAAGGUCUGCUUGAAUCUGAGAUCCAGAGAGAAGACGAAGAACAGGAUGGGUCCCAUCAGGGGCCUGGGGAGAAGAUGGAGUCAGAGGGAGAGAAGGAGGAGUUUGAUGAGGCAGAUUAUGAAAUUAUUGAUGCAGAAGAGGAGAGUCAGGCCCGUCUGGCUGCUGAGCUGCAGGGCAUGGACUGGUUCUGUAACACCUGUGGCUGUCUGCUGUCAGAGGAGGGGUGCAGGUCUGCAGAGCAUCACGGCCACCAGGUCUGCUUGGUGGAAAAGGCCUAUGAGGACGCCAAGGAGACCCUGGGCGGCUGGAUCUCAGAGCUUCAAGCCAGAUCAGAGAACAUCGAGGACUUGGUUUCUGAGCUGGAGCUGGCCUAUAAUUCGGUAGAGGACCAGUUCGCGGAGAGCGAGGCGGCCAUGUGCGCGCAGAACGAGGAGGUGGUGGCUCUGGUGAUGGAGCAGUACAACGGCAUGUCUGUCAGCAUGGAGGAGGAGAAGAAAGCCAAGCUGGAGCAGCUCUACGACAAGAUCGUUUGCUACCAGGAGAACAUCGACUCGGCCAAAACCACACUGGAGACAACGGCCCGAGAGGCAGAGACGGACGCCAGGACACCAGAGGACAUUCAAGCAAGACUCCAAACUGCUCUGGACGCCACCGUGUCGCUGGAGGCAGGUCCAAAGGGCCUGCUGGUGUUCGAGGACUACACCAAGGCCAACUCCUCAAGCUCAAACCUCACACGCCGCAAAGGGAUUCCAGUGCCCCAAAGGCCCAUCCUGCAGCCCCAGGAGCGCGGCUCCGCCUCCAGCGCCAGCGUCACCGUUUACUGGAAGGUCAAUCCAGGAGACAUCAUAGACUGCUUCCAGGUCUACUGCAUGGAGGAUCCUCAAGGAGCCGUGUCAGAGGAGUACCGCGUGACGGUGAAGGAGAGCUACUGCGUCCUGGAGGAGCUGGAGCCUGACAGGAAGUACAAGGUGUGGGUGAUGGCCGUCAACUACACCGGCUGCUCUCUGCCCAGCGAGAGACUCCUCUUCAGAACGGCUCCAUCUGUGCCGGCGAUCGACACGGAGCGCUGCAGCGUCAUGUGGGACUCGGCCACGCUGAGGUGGCGCUCACCGAAGCCGUCUCCGGGACUGAGUUACACCUUGGAGUACUGCCGACAGUAUGAGCUGGAAGGAGAGGGACUCAGAUCCAUCUCGGGAAUUAAAUUGUGCGAGCAGAAGGUUGUCCUGCAGCCGAAUGAGAACUACCUGUUUUACAUCAAAGCGGUGAACGAGGCCGGCGCCAGUGAGCAGAGCGAGGCUGCCCUCGUUUCUACAAAAGGGACGAGAUUCCAGCUGUUGAAAUCCUCAGCUCACCCUGCUCUGAAGCUGUCAGACGAUUCCACCACCCUGCAGUUCUCCCAGGAUGCCGGCCCACCCGCUCACAAGGAGUGUCCAUCCAUCCUGGGUGAGGCGCUGCCGCCACGAGGGCUCCACUACUGGGAGGCAGCUGUGUCAGACAGUCCAGCUUACAGGCUUGGAGUAACGUGCAGUGCAGAUAAUCUGAGCGGCUCGCUUGGAGAAAACAGCUUCUCGUGGUGCUUGCAGUGUACUCCUGGACCGUCAGGCCGUACGUAUCAGCUCCUCCACAACGACGCCCGGUCCUCUGUGUUUGUGACCGAGACGCCUGAGCGAGUGGGAACCUUCCUGGAUCACCAGCGUGGCCGCCUGUCUUUCUACAACGCCCGCAGUGGCCAGUUGUUGGCCACCUUCAGCCAGCGCUUCAGCCGGCCCUGCCACCCUGCUCUGGCCCUGGAGCAGCCGGGCAGCAUGCAGGUCUGCUGGGUGCCGGACGUGCCGGAGUUCACGAAGUAGAGCCAGCUCUGACACUUCCCUCGCUCACUGUAGGGGUUUGCUAAAAACACUGGACGUGUGUUGGUUUCAUGCGGUCUUAAGUUGUAAUGAUUAAAAUGGCCGCUGGUGGAGAACAGUGUUAGAAACCCCGAUCGUGAAUCUGUGGUUUCACCAAAAACGCCUUGAUCACGGCUUCAUUUUGAAAGUAGUCUCUUUGAAAUAAUCUAAUUUAAAUGCAGUUAUACUAUAAAAUAGAAGUUUAAAAAAUAACUUGUAAACUCCCCUUCACACCUCAACACGACAGGGUGGUCUUCUGUCCUACAACAAGAACUUGUUAUGUGGUGCGCUCUAUAAUGCAGGAUGGAGCGCGAGAGAUCUGACACUGUUUUGAGCAUGCUCAGAUCUUGUGUGGUGAGAUAGCAGUGGGUCCUUGUCAUAGUGACGACUUAUCUAGGCACCGCAUGGAGAAGCCUGGCACAGCAGUGGGGCUUAUCCACAAGGUAUGGCCCAGACUGACCUAGAUGGCCAUCAGAGAUUUCAGAGGAGGGCUUCUCCCAUAGGCCAAAACCAGGAUGACAACAAACAUCUUGAAAUGAACAUUUCACACUCUGAGAAACAAAAACUCAAACCAUCCUUCAGGCUUCUUGUGUGUAGAGAUCAGUAUGUGCCGUACGCUUUAGGGCUAACAGCUGGGGAGAAGCACACACACCUCCAAAUUGCACAUAUGGAGGGUGCUUGAUGACAGAGUUCGUAAGGAUGCAGUUCAAAUUCAUAAUGCAGUUGUCAUAUGCCUAAAGAGAAGUCGCCGUCAUAUUCAGCAAUGAAGAAGGAUGGGGAGGGGAAAUAUAUCAACCAUUGGAUCUGAGAAUUUAUUUUAUGACGACACCAUGGUUGCAGCAUGACAUGUAAAAUACACCUUCAGGCUACAGAACCUUCAGUCCAGUCUGAUUAGUUAAAAACCACAGAUUUUGGAUUUAUGACCAUAGUUCCCUCUGACUGCAAUGACAAAGUAAAACUGUCUUCCACUGCAUCCUUUAAAGAUACUGGUGAUAAACUAAAAAAUAUUGAUGCUUUUCCUCCUCUAAAGAAAGACUCAAACUGAUGGUGGAGGUGCAGAAACCUCUCAUUUCUAUUGGUGCAUUUAACAGAUUGUGAUGAAACCUAGUGCAGAUGUUACAACUGUGGUAAUACGAUAGUAAAAAAGUACUUUGCCCUCUGAAUUCCUGAUUUGCUGUAAUCCAGCAAUGUUCAAAUAGUUUCUGAGAUUCUGGACGCCGUGGGGUGGUCUCAAUUCAGUGUUUCAACCAAAAACAUAGAACAAGCACUAAACAACUAGGAUUCACAUCUGAUUUUCUUGAUUUGUUUUGUUCUUUCAAGAGACAACUAAAAUGCUGUGGAUAUUUGUAUAAUGAUUGAUUUAUGUUAUUAGUGCUUUGUACUGUUUUUAAACGGUUUUAUAGUUUUCCGUGUGUCUUAUGAUUAGGCAGACUUGCUUUAAAUCAUUGAACAGAAGUCAAACUCCUUUUGUGUUUUUGUAUCUUGUCCCUAAACAAUUAGUUCAGGUGCUCUCUCCUCAUAUUCUAAACGUGGGUUUAUAUCUUCAAGCAGACUGUAGCACCUUUCAAACUGUUUCAUACUGUGAAUAGUUUUUUUUUUUUUGUAAAUAACAUUUUUAAACAGAAGUGAUGUCAGUGCUGUUUUUUUUUUUUAAGUUUUAUUUUUCUUAUCUUGUUCAAUGGUUUUCCUGUCUGAAAAUCCUGAUUGUUUUCCAUCCAAAAAGAAAUCACAAAUGUUUUGUUGGUUUAACACAGUUUCGCCGCUAGAGGGCGUCUGCGUUCCAUCUGCUGUAAUGCUGUUUUCCUGUACAUUGUUCCUGGAAAUCUCCUGCACAAAAUGAAAUAAAACCAGGCCUGAACUCAC